AUGAAAGAGCAAGCCGGCGCGGAGUCCGCGAUUGUACAUCAUCUUUGGGAAAGCUACUGCGGCACCCUACGCGAUGCCAGUAGCACCUCCUCCAGCGGCUCUUCGACGCUGUUGGACUACACGGACCCGGUGGUGGACGAAAUCUGGCAGCUUUUCUUUCCCAUUCUCAACCAAAUAAAACUGAUCCCGGUGGGAUCCCCGACGAUGUCGGCCCCGCCCAUCGCGUCCAACAAGCCCAACCCCUUCGAACCCGCGACUAACCACGACAACGAUGCGAAGGAUAUAGCGAUGCCCGGGGUCCUGCAGGGGAGUGAAGAUCCCGAUAGCAACUGCGGCUUUGACCUCGCCACCCAUGUCUUUUAUCUCGCCCUAGGGGGCUCCUCCGCGGAUGACGGCGGCCCUCCCGCGCCUACACUAUCGCGCGAGAUGGCCUCACUCCUCUGCCAGCAGCCACACAUCGUCCUUCCCCUGUUGGAGUUCUUUGUGGCGCUGAUGGAGUACCGUCGUGGGAAUAAUCGGGCUAAUGGCAAUAACACAGUCACUGGUAGUCAUCACUCGAAUCCACUUCGCUCUACUGAGACAAAAAAAAAAUGGCGUCAUCAUACGGCAGCGGGGAGUACCCACGAGAAAGGGAAGAAGAAGGAGGCAGCCCGACGGAUACCCAUCGGAUGCGGGUGA